AUGGCGGCUUCCCUAAACUCGCGGGAAGAUCAAGAGACUAUCGAGUCAACAGUAAACGAAUGGCUUCUUGAUUUUGCUUGUUACACGGCAUGGAAAGAAUUUAGGGAAAAAAGAGCCGUAGAUGCAUUUUCAACUCGAGAUUUGAUUCAAGGAGUACUGUGCCGCCCAAUAAAGAAUUCUUCUGUGAAGAAGAGUCGAGUCCAGCUGCUGCUGAUACUGUGCAAGUUGUCUGAUGGAGAGGACUACGAUGCCCGGUACACAAGCAACUCCAACCUGACUGUCUUGGAGGAGGUGCUGGCGUCCUUUGACUCCAUCAUCAAAGGCUACGACAUGUCCACCAACAUCAGAAAGCAGGCUCCCAAAAAACGUGUCGCCAUCAUGAUGCAGGCAGUGUAUGUUUGCUGCCGAGCUGGAGACUUUGAUUUGGCCAAGGAAGUGUUUAACAGGCAGUGGUGUGACCUUGAUGAAACUGAAAAGGCCAAGAAGUCGGUCGUACAGACUGUGCUUAAGUCCAAAAACUCAAAACACAAAGACCUUGUGAAAGAGACAUACAGGUCCUUCCUGGACGUUAUGGAAGAGUUCCUACAUCUAGUCAUUGACACAAUUGAACACAUCGAAGAACCGUUUUUAUUGAAGCUUGCCAAGGCCUAUGUCGGAACAGAUAGACGAGACAACAACAAUCAAACACCCAGGAAAAGAAGGAAAGUGAAUCUGCAAGACAUCAAGACAAUAUCGGCCCUUGAAGGCAUUCCUAUAGUCAAUGAAAGCAUCCCCCUCUCACCCAACCAGAGGGAUCAGUUCAACAAGAAGCUGGGCAGAUACAGGAGCAAGACUGUGAACGGCAUCGUAACAGCAGCGCUACAGGACACGAACAACUCCAACAUGGACUACGAGUCUGAGGUGGACAUGUCUGUUGAAGAUGAUGGUGACUUACAAGAGACAACCAGAGACAGUCCAAGACGUUCAAGUGCCUCAAGAAGCCCAAGAAGUGAUCAUAACACUAAACACAAGAGUAAAAGCCCUUCAGAUACAAAAAAACUAUUACUUUCAACACAAAAAGCAAGAAAACGACUUGCAAAGACAACAGAGUCCCUAAGGAAGACCGUGCGGGAUGUGCAAGCUGUUUCCUCAUCUCCAAAGUCAAAUGACAGCAGCAAGAGGAAAGGGAGUGGGAAAUCCUCUGAGUCCGGGCAAUCUGGAGAGGGAACUCCACGAUCACGAACGAGCAACAGAGACCGAUCCCGAAACAGUGACGGGGCCAACCGAUUACGGCAUGGAUCUUCCCCACACACAAGUCCACUGAAGGACAUCCGGGAGUUCCGUUACAAGAAGAAUGUGCACAGAAAGGACCGCCACGUCUUUGACCUGCCCAGCUCAGACGAUGCAGAAAGUGUGGAUGUCACAGAUGAGGAAGAUUCUGAAGAUGAAGUGUCAUCCAGAAAACAACUUCGUCUGGAAGGUCGCCCCAAAGUGCGGCGGAGCUUGCAGCCUAAGCAGCCCAAGGUGAAGGGUAAGUAUGCUGGUUUUACCGCCAGCAGGACAUUCUGGACCCCAAAGGAAGAGGAGGAGUUCUUUAAGGCAGUGCAAAAGUUCGGUGUGGGAAACUGGGCAACAGUCAAGGCCAAACUAAAGACGUUCAGGUCGGGGAUAGAUCUGAAGGAUAAGUGGCGGAAUUUGGACAGAUCUGGUAAAUUGAGGACUUUGACAAAGAACUUUGGAAAAGUUUUGUGAGAGAAAUAUUUUAAUGUCGAUAAGGAGGGAAAAGCUGAUUAGUUUUAUACAAGAGCAACUCGCAUCUACUUUUUUAGUGAAUGGCCCAUCAUCCUCCAACUGCUUCAGGUUUACUGUGUGAGAUGGUCAGUCUUUGCGUUUCUCAAUAAUAUAAGCUUCAAUCUUCAGGUUAGGUUUAGGCCAUGGGUGGUCAUCACUGUACUGAGUUGCGUCCUUGGUCAUGGCAGAAACCUAUGAUCGUGCGUUCGAAUCCUGGUUCACCAUGAUUAUGUUUCUAGGUUUGUCAGCACCAUACCCAUGCUCGUUGGUUUCACUGAAGUGGUAAACAUGUCUAAGAGUUGCAUUACUUUGGGCUUUCCUCCCACAUUAAGCUGACAUGCCGUGAUAUAACUGGAAUAUGGUUCCGGCCGGCCUUAAGCCCAACUUACAUGUUGAGAUUAACAUGAUUAGUAAUGGCGUCCUUGCUAUCCAGGGUGAGGUUGUACAAAGCGAUCUUAGCGCUAAGGUGAUCGUAACUUCCAUACCUUAACAUACACUUACCACAGUCGUAGCACUAAGGUUGUCUUGUACAACAGUACCCUGGUAUUCUGUCUGUAAGGAUCCUGGAGAGAGUUCAUGGAAUGAAAUAUUUGUAAGAAGCAAUGCAAUGAUAUGGGUACAACGACAUGCCUGAUGGGUGACGUUCCCAAAUUGCAUUGAUCGCUGCUCCUGUUGUCAACCUUGGGCUGCCAGAUGCAGACUCAUCAUGUACGAGAUAUGUCAUAUAUAUAUAUGUAAUAUUGCUAUUUGUAAUGAACACAGUCACUGACAAUGUGCAGGAUUGUGAUGACUCGACGAAAGAUGGAAACUGUCAAUGUAACGUAAGUUACCAUGGCGUGAUGACAAGUUGAAAUAUAAAUAUUUGACAUCAAUGCCAUCGAUGGUAUUGAUACACAAUACAGAAAUAAAAUUAUCCUUAAUCGUAUACUUCACCAUUCGUCUUGAUCCGAGCUACACCCAUCUUCCAGGGGCAAGAGAGUUAACUGACUUUAAAAGUCCAGUUUAAAAUGUGGGGAAUUAAACCCAGACCUUCAGCGUGAGGAGUGAACGCUUUAACCACAAGGCUACCCAACCACCCUUUAACAACAAGAAGUCUUAUGGGCUUUCAAAGUGUCAACACAAUGUAACAAAACCUACAUUAUGAUUAUGAUUGUGGGUUCGAAUCCCGGUUCACCCCGAUUAUGUUUCUAGGUUUGUCAGCACCAUACCCUUGCACGUGGGUUUCACUGAAGUGGUAAAUGUCUGAGACCUGCAUCACUUCAGGCUUUCCUCCCACUUUAAGCUGACAUGCCGCAAUAUGACUUGAAUACUGUUAAAAGCGGCGCUAAACCCAACUCACUCACUCACUCACUUUUCCAUUCAGCAACUUCAUCUUUGUCUUGUAUCAGGGUUAUUUUUAUUAAAUUAGGUUUCAUACGUGGGGAUGAAGUGUCAAGGAGACACAUUUGCAAUGAUACUCAUCUCCACCUCAUGGUUCAACAAGAUCAAGAAUGGAGGUUGUACAUGUAAUCUGCCAUCUGUUGCCCAAUUGGACAAUUGGUCUUAUUUCAGAGGAACUCCAGACUUGAGUGUGUUCAUAUUUGAUAACUAUAUUAAUAAAACAUUCCACUGAUUUUGGAUUUUGAUGAAGUGGUUAAUUAGGAGAUAAACCUGUGUUUUGAAAUUUGAUGUAGUCCCAAUGUGGAGUAGAUACCUCUUAUUUCAAUUUGGUGGCAUGAGCUUUCAAAUGUAUAAAUCAAGCAUUCUUCAAUGUCAUGGUAGAAUUUGGAAUAAUUGUAACUGUCCAGUGGUUAAAGUGUUCGCUCAUCACGCCGAGGACCCAGUUUCGAUUCCUUACAUGGGUACAAAAUGUGAAGCCCAUUUCUAGUGUCCCACUGCCGUGCUAUUGUUGGAAUAUUGCUAAAAGCGGCGUAAAACCAUACUCACUCACACAGUAUUUACAAAAGUAACUAUCACAAUGAAUUUGCAUACCAUUCUGACAUCAUCAGUCACCAUGACAUCACAAUCAAAUGACAUCACUAAUGUCUCUGCUACUGAAGCUGGUUAGCUGUACUUGUUACACUCAAGACACUGGUUAUUACUGGUUAGAAACUGAAAAUGUUUGAAGAAUGAUUUUGGAUGACAAAUAGAUAUCAAAUAUGCAUGUAUGAACACUCUUUGAUAAUCAACUUUAUUGACUAGUGUCAUACCCUUGGGUCAGAUAUUCUCUCUCUUACAAUCCUCCUCUUGACCUUGUUACAAAAUUGUCUCACUUCUGUCCGUGUCAUUUCUCGACCACAGGUAUGAACAAAAAAUGAUUCUGGAAUUGUUUCGCACACGCAUGGGAGAUAACUCUAAAUAUUUCAUCAUGUUUAAUGUUUUGCAUGUGACUUUACUUGCAGUAUUGAUUUGUAUUUAUUGUACUGUACCUUCGAAAAUGUGUCUUGUUAUUGGAUUGAUUUUGCUAGAACCAAAUUAUUUGAAACAAGACACUGUUGUUAUGGUAACUGACUUGACUGUGACUUCAGUUUAAAACUGCAGGCGGUUAUUACCGUAAUACUGCUAAAAGUGACGUAAAACCAUACUCACUCACUCACUCAUUCAAAUAUGCUGUGUAAAUUGUAAUUGUAAAGUUAUGGACAAGACUGACAGAUCAAAGUGACUAAUUAGUUACCAAGGCUAUUGAUAAAUUGUCUUGCUUGAAUGAAUAUUGUGCAUUCUUGAUAUAUUUUCAUAAGCAUCUAUGUGUUUGUUUACCUUUUGGAUACUGUUAAUUAAGACACACCAUUUCCUGUAUGUUGUGUUUACUGUAAUAAAGUUGUUGAUGAUAUCA